AUGGACCGCUUUGUCUACCAGCCCUACAGCGUGUACCAGAGCUAUGGGAGCACCUUCACCUCCAGCCACAACGUGGCCCCCCGGCCGCCCCCCAAGCAGAAGCAGUCCAGCUGGAAGCAGAGCAAGAACAGCGGCACCCCCAACCCCUACCGGGGGGGCCCGCCGCCCGCCCUCUCCCCGCACCCGCAGGAGGCCUCGCCGGACGGCCUCGACGCCUACAAGCGGGCCCAGCUGAAGGCGCUGCUGUCGCAGGUCAGCCCGGGCCUGGCCCCGCGGCUCCGCAAGGCCGGCGGCGGCGCCACCAGGGAGGUGGGCGUCCAGGUGAACCCGCGGGUGGACGCCGCCGUGCAGUGCUCGCUCGGCUCCCGCCCGCUGCAGGCCGUGCGGCCGCAGAGCCCCUCGGCCCGCCUCGCCAGGGAGCCGCCGCUGCCGGGCAUCUACUCGCCCGUCCUGGGCCGCCGCCUCCUCUUCACGCUGCCCGAAGCGGUGGUGGAGCCCCAAGAGCCGGGCGGAGCUGCCGAGGAAGAGGAGGAGGAGAGGAAGGCGGCGGCGGCGGCUGUGGAGACGGGGAAAGGGGCCGAGGAGAAGGAAGAGGCGGCCGAGGGAGGAGGAGGAGGAGAAGAAGAAGAGGAGCUGCCGGGAGAAGAACCUGCCUCGCGGCGGGAGUGGAAGGGGGAAGCGGCCAAGAAAGGCGACGGGGAGGGAGGAGAAGGCAAAACGGUCGCCUUCCAGUUCCUGGAGCAGAAAUAUGGCUACUUCCAUUGCAAUGACUGUAAGACCAGAUGGGAGAGUGCUUAUGUAUGGUGCAUUUCUGGAACUAAUAAGGUUUAUUUCAAACAGCUCUGUCGCAAAUGUCAGAAGGGCUUCAAUCCUUAUAAGGUGGAAGCAAUCCAGUGCCAGCUGUGUUGCAAGACUCGCUGCUCCUGCCCCCAGAAGAAAAGGCACAUCGACCUCAAGAGGCCCCACCGUCAAGAGCUGUGUGGCCGUUGCAAGGGCAAAAGAUUGUCUUGUGACAAUACCUAUAGCUUCAAAUAUAUUGUCUGAUCUGUUUGCCUUUUCCCUAAUUUGGUUGGUCUGUGUUGGCACUGUGCACUUUUGAUAACUUGGUUUUGACUUUAGGCUUCUGACUUGGCAUUGGAUAACGGAUUAAAGAUUUUUGUAAGGUU